UCAACAAGAUGUCGGUUCUCCUUCUCUUUGCACUCUCCUCUCUCCCCACUCAUCACUGCGUCACUCUCUUAGUCUUAGGGUUUUCCAACCUUCAAAGACUUUUCCUUUCUUCUCCGUUCACACAUCAACGUGUCCUUCUCCAACCAUCUUUUUGACUCUACAUCAUGCUGUUAUAACAGUUAAAGAUUGCCCUUUACUGCAAAGGAGCAUUGGAGUUGGUCUAUUGCGGAAUUGCAGCUAUCGAGAAUAAACUAGAGGAUGUCAAGCAGCAGGAACACUCAUUGGUGUUACAGUUGCAGGAGGCCAAUUCGACUGGGAUGGCGAGAUGCGGUUUGCCCUAGCUGUAAUGAGGGAUUUAUUCAGGAACUUAAUGAUAUGGUGCAUGUUAACCCUCUGGAAUUCUUUGGACUAGAUAACAAUGAAGAGCAUGACCAAAGAUUUGGACUUAUGGAAACUUUCUCUUCCUUUAUGCGGCAGCAAAUGGCAGACAGAAGUCAUAGUCAUGAUAUCAGGGCACAGUCGGAAUCUAUUUCGGAGCAUGGGGCAGGUUUUGCUCCUUUGUUGAUAUUUGGUGGUCAAAUUCCUUUUAGAUUAUCUGGACAUGGUGGUUUUGAGGCUCUCUUUAAUGGGACUCCAGGUAUUGGUCUUACACGAGGCAACACAGGUGAUUAUUUUAUUGGUCCUGGACUUGAAGAACUGUUUGAACAGCUCUCAGCUAAUACUCGCCAAGGACCUCCACCUGCAUCCAGAUCCUCUAUAGAUGCAAUGCCUACUAUCAAAGUUACACAGAGGCAUCUUCGUUCGGAUUCACAUUGUCCGGUGUGCAAAGAUAAAUUUGAGGUAGGGACUGAAGCAAGACAAAUGCCAUGUAACCAUAUGUACCACUCGGAUUGUAUCGUUCCAUGGUUGGUCCAGCAUAACUCCUGCCCUGUUUGCCGUCAAGAAUUGCCACCACAAGGAUUGAGUGGUAACCAAGGCUCGAAUGGCCGAAGUAGAGGUAACAUUAGUGGCAGCACCAGUGGUAGGAGUGGUAGGGAGAACCAGGGAAGGCGAAAUCCGUUUUCAUUUUUGUGGCGUUUCCGCAGUUCUAAUUCUAGCAGCAAUGAUAGAGCAACCCGAAGCAGCUCACCAACACCAUCAUUCCCCGAUAGUAGUCAUCACACGGAGUAUUCUGGGUGGCCAUUUGAAUGACUUUAAUGCGUGUAAAAUUUUUAUUUCAUUUCUUUUAUUUUUCUAUUGAAAAUGUAUGGACUGGUUCUGAUUGCUUGGAGUGGAGUGACAUGAAAUGAAGUGUGAACUUGUAACUUUAUUGUAAAAUGGCCAAGAAGAAUACUCCAUUGUUUCAAAAUCA